AGUCUGGUGUCUAGAAAUCAUGAAGCUCCUGACACACAACAUGCUCACUUCACACGUGCGGGGAGUGCAGCCCGGUGGAGGAUUCCCUCUCCGUAUCCAGGCCACAGAGGUGAAAGUGAACAAUGUAGACUUCAACCCGGAGUUCACUGCCCGGAUGGUUCCCAAAGUGGAAUGGGGUGCACUGGUGGAGGCGGCUGAGAGUUUGGGUCACCGCUCAGACUUGCCCUCGGAGCUCCUCCCCGGCUACGAGGGAAACGAGGAUUUCCUUCGAAAAGUGCAUCAUGUGCUGUUGGAGGUGGAGGUGAUGGAAGGUGUCCUGAAAUGCCCGGAUACUGGGCACGAGUUUCCCAUCACGAAGGGUAUCCCCAACAUGUUGCUGAGCGAGAAAGAGACAUGAGCCCGUUUUGCUUCGAGGGAACUGUUGCGAGAAGCGAGAUUGGGGUGGUCCAUUCCUGUGGAAGGCCAAACCCCUUUAUUUUAUGUUUUUUUUCCGUUGGGAAAUGUUCUGAAAAUGUUCCAAGUUGUUGCUUCUGCGAAUAUUUAAAUAAAUGUGAGUUUUAAGGUAGAGAA